AUGCCUUUCUUCGAUAUCUUCAAGUCCUCCCCCAAGGAACAGCAACACCAAACAUGGGUCCCUGAGACACUCACCAUGCAACAACCCUCCAGUCCCGGGGCGCCGACGACGGAGCGUGUUGUGACAGAGCAGCCUGCAUCCCAGGAGUCGAUGAAUAGUACUAUGCGCCUGCGUGGUGGUGAAGCCGGUGAUAUUUGCUGCGGAAUGUAA